CCUAGGCGCUUGCUGAGGGCUCGGCCGCGAGCGAGCGAACGAUCGAACCAGCGAACGAACAGGGCGAAGGCAGAAGCCCAGCGGCCUGAGGGAGCGAGCGAAGCCCGGCGGGGGCGACGCGACGCGGCUGAGCGCGCGCCGCUCAGCCCGCUGUCCACACUCGGGGCCGCGCGCGCCGCGCCAGGACGUUGGCUAUCGCUGGAGGUGCCUGACAGAAAGUAACCCUGAUUGCUUUCUUGAGCCCGGGGUUAUUUGUCACCAAGUCAGCCCCCUGGAACCUCCUGGAACCUCCAGGUGAGGCUCUGCAUUGCUGCAGCCAUGGGGUCCGAGGAUCACAGUGCCCAGAACCCCAGCUGCAAAAUCAUGACCUUCCGACCCACCAUGGAGGAGUUCAGAGACUUCAACAGAUACGUGGCCUACAUCGAGUCACAAGGCGCCCACCGUGCAGGCCUAGCCAAGAUCAUCCCACCCAAGGAGUGGAAGCCACGGCAGACGUAUGACGACAUUGAUGAUGUGGUCAUCCCAGCACCUAUACAGCAGGUGGUGACAGGCCAGUCGGGGCUUUUCACACAGUAUAACAUCCAGAAGAAGGCCAUGACCGUGGGUGAAUACCGCCGCCUGGCCAACAGUGAGAAGUACUGCACUCCACGCCAUCAGGACUUUGACGACUUGGAACGAAAGUACUGGAAGAACCUGACCUUCGUCUCGCCCAUCUACGGAGCCGACAUCAGUGGCUCCCUAUAUGAUGAAGAUGUGGCCCAGUGGAACAUCGGCAACCUGAGGACCAUCCUGGAUAUGGUGGAGCGCGAGUGCGGCACCAUCAUCGAGGGAGUGAACACGCCUUACCUGUACUUCGGCAUGUGGAAGACCACCUUUGCCUGGCACACAGAGGACAUGGACCUGUACAGCAUCAACUACUUGCACUUUGGCGAGCCCAAGUCCUGGUACGCCAUCCCACCGGAACACGGAAAGCGCCUGGAGCGCCUGGCCAUAGGCUUCUUCCCCGGGAGCUCGCAGGGCUGCGAUGCUUUCCUGAGGCACAAGAUGACACUCAUCUCGCCUAUCAUCCUGAAGAAGUAUGGCAUCCCCUUCAGCCGGGUAUGUACAGGCCCCAGAGAAGGUUCUAGAAUGGUGACCAACUGGUUUUGGUUCUUCUGCAGGAGAAGUACGUGGGGGCACCACAGGACAAGUGUGGGUUUGGUAGGGUCUUUGCUGUCUCCAAACCACAUAGACCCGGAGGCUGCUCCUGGCUCUGGCUCUGAGAAGCACAGAUCGCACUGUUUGGUGGCAGCAUUGUCGCUUGUGGAAAGUUGCCAACAGGAAUCCAACAAUGUGGACUUGGUGACCUGUGGGGCCACACCCAUGCCUAGUUAUGCCACUGUGGCAGGCACACCAGGUUUGCAGAAGGCAAGAGCUGAAAAAAUCCAGCCAAAAAGCAGUGCAAGAAGAAUAGACAGGCCAGUGCUGCCACUCCCUGCUCACUGUCUGUCCCCUGGUGCCCAUGCCACCUUGGACAAGUGGCCCCUGUGCCAAGAUGGAGAGCUGGUAAUCACAGCAGAAAUGGGCCAAGCCACAGCCAGAGCUCUGUGCUUAACCCUUAAUGUGCUGGAGUGUCUGGCCAUCAAACAGCGCUCUGCAGAAGUGUUUCCUCACAGUUACCAUGUCCACCUUCCUCCGCAAGGGACUGUGCCUGUGUGUGUGUCCCCACAGUGCACAUGUCGCAAGGACAUGGUCAAGAUCUCCAUGGACGUGUUUGUACGCAUCCUGCAACCUGAACGCUAUGAGCAGUGGAAGCAGGGCCGAGACCUCACUGUGCUGGACCACACUCGACCCACAGCCCUGAGCAGCCCUGAGCUGAGCUCUUGGAGUGCCUCCCGUGCCUCACUGAAGGCCAAGCUCUUGCGCAGACAAAUUAGUGUGAAGGAGAGCAGACCCUGGAGAAAGGCUGAGGAGGAGAGGAGGCCGAGUCUAGAGAGGAGGCGGGAGCCGACCAGGAGGCCAGGGCCAGCGUCGCACCGGAGACGGAACCAGCCUAAGAAAUCCAAGCCUGAAGACUCCAAGUCUCCUGGAGAGGUGGCAGCCAGAGCAGCUGGUCUGGACGAGGCUGGGGGAUGUUCCCGGGAGGAGGCCACACCUGAGGACGAGGAGGAGGAUGAGGAACUGUUGCCCUCACAGGGCCACGAGGCUGAGGGCAUGGAAGAGGAUGGCAGAGGCAAGCCCCGGCCAACCAAGGCCCGGAGCAAGAAGAAGACCCCCAACCCCCUGUCACCCCCGUUGCCGCCCGCCCUACCGGCUCUGUUACCCACUGAGGAGGUCCUGAGGCCACCCCCCCCACCCAAGUCUCCCGUGCCAGCCAUGGGCCCCAUGGCUGCAGAGGGGGGUCCUCCACCAGCACCCCUCAAUGUGGUGCCUCCUGGGGCACCAGGUGAGGAAGCAGAGGUGCGGCCACGGCCCAUCAUCCCAAUGCUGUAUGUGCUUCCCCGCACCAACACUGCUGAUGGGGACAGGGAGCGUGCUACCCACCCACAGCUGGCACCCGUGGAGCUGGGACAGGAAGAGGAAGGCCAGGCCCAAGCAGGCGAUGCACAGGCACCAUCCACCUUCUCUAAGCUGAAGGUGGAAAUCAAGAAAAGCCGGCGUCAUCCCUUGGGUCGGCCGCCCACACGGUCCCCGCUGUCUGUGGUCAAGCAGGAGGCUUCGAGUGAUGAGGAAGCCUUCCCGUUCUUAGGAGAGGAUGAUGUGAGUGAUCCCGAGGCCUUGAAGUCCCUGCUGUCACUGCAGUGGAAGAACAAGGCAGCCAGCUUCCAAGCUGAGAGGAAGUUCAACGCCGCAGCUGCCCUCAAUGAGCCCUACUGCGCCAUCUGUACCCUCUUCUACCCCUAUAGCCAGUCAGUACAGACAGAGCGAGAGGUCCUAGCCACUCCAGGGGACAUUGCUGUCCAGCCACCCUCCAAAAGUGGCCAGAGAACACGGCCGCUGAUCCCUGAGAUGUGCUUCACUUCGAGUGGGGAGAACACAGAGCCUCUGCCUGCCAACUCCUACGUCGGCGAGGAUGGUACCAGCCCACUCAUUUCCUGUGCCCACUGCUGCCUGCAAGUCCAUGCCAGUUGCUAUGGUGUCCGGCCUGAGCUGGCCAAGGAGGGCUGGACAUGCUCCCGGUGUGCGGCCCAUGCCUGGACUGCGGAGUGCUGUUUGUGCAACCUCCGGGGGGGAGCACUACAGACGACCACAGAGCACAGGUGGAUCCAUGUGAUCUGCGCCAUUGCAGUCCCUGAGGUACGGUUCCUUAAUGUGAUUGAGCGCAACCCCGUGGACGUCAGUGCCAUCCCUGAGCAGCGGUGGAAACUGAAGUGUGUGUACUGCCGCAAGCGCAUGAAGCGGGUGUCUGGUGCCUGCAUCCAGUGCUCCUACGAACACUGCUCCACGUCCUUCCAUGUGACCUGUGCACACGCUGCUGGUGUCCUUAUGGAACCCGACGACUGGCCCUAUGUGGUGUCCAUCACCUGCCUCAAGCACAGAGCAGGUGGCGCUGGGGGUCAGCUCCUGCGCACUGUGUCCCUGGGCCAGGUCGUCAUCACCAAGAAUCGCAACGGGCUAUAUUAUCGCUGCCGUGUCAUAGGCACCACUGCACAGACCUUCUACGAGGUCAACUUCGAUGACGGUUCCUACAGCGACAACCUGUACCCAGAAAGCAUCACGAGCAGAGAUUGCUUGCGGCUAGGGCCACCUCCCGAGGGCGAACUGGUGGAGCUGCGGUGGACAGAUGGCAACCUGUAUAGAGCCAGGUUCAUCUCCUCAGCCACCAGCCUCAUCUACCAGGUGGAGUUUGAGGACGGGUCUCAGCUGACAGUGAAGCGUGGGGACAUCUUCACCCUGGACGAGGAGCUGCCCAAGAGGGUGCGGUCCCGGCUGUCUCUAAGCACUGGGACACCACAGGAGCCUGGCUUCUCUGGAGAGGAUGUGAAGGCCGCCAAGCGUCCUCGGGUGGCCACCAUGCUGGCCAGCACUAACGAGGACACAAGGCAUAGCCCAGAAUACUUGGCCUUUGUGGAGAGCCUGCUGCAGGCACAGGGCCGACCUGGGGCACCUUUCUAGAGGCAGCGCACUCCUGUCUCCACUGCGGGACCUACUGGGUGACAGGACCAGCAGGAUCCAACAUGGCCGGACUCAGGGAGAGGGGCCAGUGUCCCUGGACUGCAGUGAUUCCGUGGGACCCGGCCUGGCUGUGCUUUUCUCCUAAAGGUGCUACGGGGCAUCCCAGAGCCUCCUGUGACAGACGCCAGCCGAGGACACUGGGGCAUAGCCCCAACCUGUUUUCUAGAUUUGUGGCUUUAAAAACUGACAGCGGACAUGCUCUUUCUCCUUGGAACCAAGAUGUAAGGAGAUAAAAGCUUCGUCCUUGCCUGCCGCCUCGUUUGUCUACUGAGCAGGUGGAGAGGCACUUGUACAGGUGUCGUCCUGGAAGAUGACAGCCCAGUGCUCCAGUGCAUGGUGACCUGUGAGGUGGCCCACAGCUCCUUGUGUCUUCUGCUUCCUGCUGGGGGAGGUGGGCCGUGCAGGAGCUCUAGUCCCUUCCCCUUCAUCCCUGCUCUGUUCUUGCCCCGCCCCCCUACAGAGUCCUCCUCACUCUGCCUCUGCUACCUGGGAUGGCAGGUGUCCCCAUGGGUGAGCCAGGCUCCCAAGGGGGUUGAGUCCCACAGCUGUGGCCUGGGAUCCCAUGAGCCUUCACCCUUGACAGAGCCUCUGUGUGGCUGAGGGUAGGAGGGAGCAGGUGCCACCUUCCAUUGUAGUGCGGGUCGAGUGACAGAGACUCAGACUACACGGGCCUGGUCUGCACUAGUGGCCACUGCCCAUGGGUUGGCUCUGUCUCUUUUGAAGCCACUGCCACACUAGCACUUCAGUAAGUCCCUAGGAUGGACAGCUUCUCUGUAAAUGACAAAGGACUGCACAGACAGGCCUGGCCCUGGGGACCUGCUGGGGACUUGGAGGGACUGGGCCUCUGCUUGCUGAGUGCCCAGUGGCUUCCAUUUCCAUGUGUACUUUGAAAUUCUAUUUAUAUUGUAAAGAGAAGAAAUAGGGCCCAACCUUGGGCCUAAAGGGAGAAGCUGGGCCACAGGGGUCUCAGGCUGUGUCCCUCGAGGGCUCUGAAAUGGCUGUAGAUGGCCUUGCAUAUGCUCCUCACGGGGAGGCCUGGGUUUUACUAUCUGCAAAAAAGAAAACCUCUCCCCCCACUACCUUUCUCCCACCCAGAUGAAGGACGCCAUAUUUUUGCCUCAGUCUCCAGGCUCUGGUUCAGGAUCAAUUAAAGCCCUUGAGUGCUUCCUGUUCCCACCUGGCCAUGGCUGUGUCCUCAUUUCUGGCCAGGGCCAGACAGGCUCAGGAUGGAGGUCUCCUUGACAGAAUGAUGGGCACAGCAUGUCCUGGUCCGGAUGUAGGGGCCACCAGGAGGUGGGCCACCAUCCCCAAGGCAUCUCCAUCUCACCCCAGUGGCAUGGGGCUGAGGCAAUGCGUCCCCACAGGAUGUCUGGGCUCUCUGACUCCCCCCUUGCUUAGCAGCCCAGCUUCCAUCUGCUUCCCACAUUAGCUAGGCCUUGGGGUGGAGCAGAUCCUGGCCUGUUGGAGGGAGGAGUGGGAACAGGGUGGGCCUGCUGAUGGGCUGGCUACAAGGGAAACUUGGGUUUGACCCAAGGGAGGAGGAGGGUGGGAGCCUGCAGGCACAUGACCCUUUGUUCUCCAUUCCUCUUUGAAACAUAGAAUGGAGACAUGACUUUGGGACAGGCAAAAGCUCUGGGGAGGAAGGGAAGGCAGCCGUGGCAGGGACAUGCCCAGGAUUCUGUGGGGAUGGGGCACUGUGCCAGGAGGGUUCAUCUGACCAGCUCUGACCCCGCCUGGCACAUCCUACUGAGCUCAAACAUGUGACCUGCAGCCCGGGGGCAAAUCUAGCCCUAGACCUGUUUUUUUUGUCAAUAAAGUUUUAUUUGCACAUGG